AUGGCUCAUUCACCAGAUUUGAAGCAACCAAAGGACGAGUUUCUCUCCCAUGUGGAAGACGCAAGUCCAAGCUUCUCUCGCAAUGUCAACGCAAAGAUUUGGAAUCCCUUGAUGGGAAUAUCCAAGGAGAAUCUUCGUUCUCAGGUCAUCGCGUUCUGUAGAGAAUACGGAUUUCAAGAGAAGCAGGACACCUUCUUCAGAGGUGCCCUCGCAGCUCAAAGCCCGGUCGACUUUGAAGAUAUCCCAGAGCUGACUGACGAUGACAAGUAUUGGCUCAGGCGCGAAGUCACCCAUCGCUGGCACUUGCCUAGAGCUCUUUACUACACCAUCGCCCUCUGCUCUCUUGGCUCUGCCAUUCAAGGCUGGGACAACACUGGUGCCAACGGUGCCAAUCUGUCGUUCCCCCAAGAAUUUGGCAUUGAAGACAAUGGCUGGCUCGUCGGGGUCAUCAACUCCGGCCCAACGCUCUUUGGACUCCUGUCUGCAUGGGCGGCUGAUCCGGUGAACAACCUUCUCGGCCGCAGGGGCACUGUCUUUGCCACAGGGCUGUUCUGCAUCUUUCCUGUUCUUGCCCAAGCAUUUACGCAGAACUGGUGGGGUCUCAUGAUCUGCCGUCUGUUUAUGGGGCUGGGGAUGGGUAUCAAGAUCUCGACGAUCCCAGUCUUCUCCGCAGAGGUUGCACCGGCGUCUAUUCGCGGUGGCCUGGUUACGAGCUUCCAGCUUUGGGUGUCGUUCGGGAUGUUCGUGGGUUACUGCUGCAACUUGAUCUUUUAUCGGGUCGGAAAGCUGGCAUGGAGAUUCCAACUUGCUUCUGCCUUUGCGCCGGCCAUUCCUGUGGUCAUCUUUGUUUGGUUCUGCCCUGAAUCACCUCGAUGGUUGAUGAAGAAAGGACGAUAUCCCGAGUCGUUCCAGUCAUUCUGUCGACUGAGAAACACCGAGAUGCAGGCUGCCAGAGACUUGUACUACGCUCACUGUCAGGUAAUGGAAGAAAGAGAUGCCUUUGCCGGCGUCAGCUAUCUGCAAAGAGCGCGAGAGCUUGUCACUGUUCCUCGGUUACGGCGUGCGGCUGUUGCCAGUGGAUGGAUUGUCAUCAGCCAGCAGUUUUCCGGCAUCAACAUCAUGGCAUUUUACAGCUCAACUAUCUUUGUUGAGGCUGGCUACUCAACACUCAGCAGCCUGCUUGCCUCCAUGGGGUUCGGCCUUGUUCUCUUCGUCUUUGCCUUUCCGGCAGUUUACACCAUGGAUACCUUUGGCCGACGCAACUUGCUUCUCACAACGUUCCCGAAUAUGGCCUGGUGCCUUCUGGCCGCUGGGCUUUGUUUCCUCAUGCCAACUUCCAACGGUGCCAGGAUUCCCUGCAUCGCCUUUUUCAUCUAUCUUUUUACUGCCUUUUAUGGGCCUGGUAUGGGGCCGUUGCCCUCCAUCUACUUUUCUGAGGCCUUUCCCUUAUCUCAUCGAGAGCUCGGCGCUGGUCUGACCAUCUGCAUCAACAAUGCUGUCGGCAGUGCUUUGAGUUUGACCUUCCCUUCGCUGCUGAAGGCACUUGGGCCUACUGGUGCGUUUGGCUUCUACGCUGGACUCAACAUGCUCGCCUUCGUGGUCAUCUUCUUCAUCGUUCCAGAGACAAUGAAACGCACGUUGGAGGAGCUUGACUACAUAUUUGGUGUAUCAACGCGGCGUCAUAUGUCUUAUCAAGUCGGUACAUGGCUGCCCUGGUGGAUCAAAAGGUACAUCUUCUUCCAGCGUAAGGCGAAGCUUGAGCCUCUGUAUAAGCUAGAUGGUGUAGCCGACACGACAGGUGGUCAGUAA